GUGGAAGCUUCUUAGCCUUCUGUUCGCGGUGUGGUAGCCAUACGUACUCGCAGGAGACGUGGAGGCGGCCUCGAUGGCGCCUUCGUUGUGCAACCAAUGCAAGCGUUGACAAUAAUAUUGGAGCCCUUCUCAAUGGCUCCCUCCCCCCUCCUCGUACCACGCUGCCAUUUCCAUGGCUUCAUGGAGCCUUGCAAUGUGGCCCUCUUUAUCAGCCGGCAAGCUGGGGCCAGCUGUUUCCUGGCGAUAUCCGGAAGCUCCAAUCCCAGUUCUCGUUCCAUCUAUCUCUCAGAGGACGCCCGUUCAAAUUCCUAAGCGGUGUUUUGGCAAUGAUGGUCGUGCUUCCCUCUCGCAGGAGGGGAGGGGGUUCUGGCGCCAGCGGCACUGGUCCGGCUUGCAGCGGGAACGCUUGGUUCAGUGUCGGCCUCGAGCCAGUGCUAGGUCUGCUGAUUCUAUUGGCUCAGCAUCAGGGUACCCUGAUCAGUCAGCUAAGGACAGCCGAGAGCAUGUUACUGUGAAUGAACGCGCCUCCUUUCUGCACUUCAGACCGUUACCGUUUCCAGAUUUGGAAGGCUGGUUGGAGGGGUUGUCAGAAGGGUGGAGGACGACAUUGUUAGUUGGUGGUUUUGCAACCCUGGCCGCUGUGGCUUGGUUCUGCAAUCUGGCCGCAGCGGGUUUGGUGGAUGACACAGAGCCCCUCUUUAUCGAAGCAGCCCGGCAGAUGCUUCUCACCGGAGACUGGAUCACUCCGCAAUUCAAUGCUCAACCGCGGUUUGACAAGCCAGCCCUCAUCUACUGGCUCGCAGCAGCUGGAGCAAGGGUGCUCGGAAGAAACAGAGCAUGGGCAUAUCGGCUGCCCUCCACUGUCUGCGCCUCGCUGCUCAUGUGGGGUUUGGUAAAGGUUGUGCGCCAGUUUGGGCUUCCCUUUGCUUCAGAGCACGCUUUAACAGGCGGCCCCAUCAGCAGAAAGAAGGGCUCCCUCGUCAGUUGCAUUGUGGUCGCGUGCGCUUUUGCGCUGAGCACUGAGGUCGUCGUCUGGGGGAGCAUUGGUGUCUCAGACAUGCUGCUGACGUCCACCACCGGGGCCUGUUUGUUGGCGUUCUUCUACGGUUAUGCCGGACAGCACCAGCGGGGAUUUCGCUGGGGCUACCCUCUGUCGGCUAUCUUCAUGGCGCUCUCAGUCCUCAGCAAAGGCCCUGUUGGGGUGGUGGUACCCACUUUGGUGUGCGCCACUUUCUUGAUGUAUACAGGAGAGCUUCUGACAGUACUGCAAGAGCUGCCGCUGCUCAAGGGGGCGAGCAUUGUGUUGGGAUUGAAUGCACCGUGGUAUCUGACAAUGGUUCAGAGGCACGGGCGCAUGUACUGGGCGACAUUCUUUGGGUACCACAAUCUGGAGCGCUUCACCAAGGGCGUAAACCACCACGAUGGGAUGCCAUUCUGGUUUCCUUCCGCCGUCGUCCUUGCUGCACACCUGCCCUGGUCCCUCGCCGUCCCUGUGGCCCUCCUCCGCUCCCGUCUCCACUCCCACCGCUCCCUCUGGCUGGCCACUUCCCGCGAGGAUCGCCUGGUACCCUUUGCCGCGUCCUGGUUCCUUGCGGUCUUCGCCUUCUUCUCGUCAUCAGCAUCCCAGCUGCCAUCCUACUACCUCCCCCUGAGCCCCGCCGUUGCGCUCUUGGCCGCGUCUCUACUGACUUGGCAAGAGAGGAGAGAAGACAAGCCGGAGGCUGAGGAGCAGGAAGGUGUGCCGCCAAAUGUUGCAAGACUGACUGCGGCGAGUACGCUGGCCGCUUAUGCGCUGCAGGCGGUGGCGCUGUCACAGCUGCCUGCGAUGCUGGCCUCCUCAGCGGAUGCAAAGGCCAUCGAGAUUGGGAUCAGAAUAGCAGCCCAGCAUCUCCACUGGACCGGCACUGCCAUCUUUGGUGCUGGCGCGCUCGCAGUCACCCGCACACACGAGUUUUCUGCCGUCACAAAACCCCUCCAUUCAGAAGCCCACCAAAGCCCCUCCAGCGGACCCAUUAAGCGCAAGCUGCGCCUUCCCCUGCUAAGGCUGGCGUCAAGUCCGCUCUGCUGCUGGGUGAUGCUGCGGACAUGGACGGCUCCCUCUUGGACGAGGCGGACGUUGCAAGCGCUGGCGGGUACGUCCUCAAGCGGAUGUUUGUCCCGGAGUAGGGGCCUCGGCUGCCCAGAAGAAGGGGGCAGAUCCGGCGCAAGUGUUGGCAACACGCCAGGCUUGACUGUCAUGAUAUCAAGUAUCUGUAGAGCGUAUAAUGAGGAGGCCCCGAGCAUGUGUAUAGUCAGUAGGUAG